CUUCACGCGAGAGAGAGCGAACAAAAACAAAAAAAUCUUCGUGGCUGCCUUCAUCUCGUUCGCAAAAGGCAAACUAAAAAAUUUUUGUUUUCCAAUGUUACUUUUGUGCUGGCAAUAAUAAUAAAACCUAGUGGACCGUGUCCGCGACCGAGGGAGGACAAGCGCGACAGGAAGUUAAAAAGUGAGUUUUUCUCGGGCCAGUGCAGGUGGCAUCCUUGAAAAUUUGUGCACAAUCCAAAUUUUGUUGAUGGUCGUCUCUUCCGGUGUCGAAACGAAUCGAAACCAUUCCUGGGUGGAAGUCCGCAGUCGAUUCCAAGCUGUGUUUUCUGUCGUGCGUACGGGUGGAUAGUUGUGCGUCUUGUCGAUCCGCUAGAAGUGAAAAUCCAACCGGAGAAGUCGAGUCCGAGUGCCGUCAAGGGGAAUCGUGCCGUCGCUGCUCCGGAGAAGCAGCGGCGCAAAGUUCCCGUUCCCCAAUGGGGAAGUAUACGCACAGUUCGAACCUAAGUCAACACCGGAACUUGGAGCAGAUCAGCAAUGAGCUGAUCCAGGAAACGAAAAUCUGCAGCGACCAGAGUCCACUGCCCAAAGGUCUGCGGGAGCGACUGGAAGGAUUACCGCGCCACAUUCGCAAGGAGGUGGUAAAGCGAACCCGGGAUGGAUGCUCACCGUUGUUCAUUGCCUGCCGCCGGGGAAACGUCAAGAUCACCGAGUAUCUCAUCACGGUCUGCGAUGCGGACAGCGAACAAAAGGGCCUGUACGAAGUGCCGGAAGACCGUUCCGUCCACUGCGUUACACCGCUGUGGUGUGCAUGCGUUUCCGGUAAGCUCCCGGUGGUGAAGUGCCUAGUUCGGUUGGGCGCCAACAUCAACGCUCUCUCCGAUACGGGCUCGACGCCGCUGCGAAGUGCCUGCUUCAUGACGCACAUUGACAUAGUCCAAUACCUGGUUGAAAACGGAGCCGACAUCCGGAAGCCCAACUACAACGGUGGAACAUGCCUUAUCAAUUCGGUUCAAUCGGUGCAACUGUGCAGCUACCUUAUCAGCAAGGGAGCCGACGUAAAUGCCCGUGACAUCCAGGACAAAACCGCUCUCCAUUACGCCAUCCAAGAACACCGACUGGAAACUGCCCAGCUGCUCCUGGAGCACGGUGCCGAUCCGUUCGCCAAAAGUCGCUACGGGGAUGAUGCCCUUCAAACAGCGUGCCUCAAGGGUGCGCACCAGAUUUUCGAUUACUUGAAAAACCGCAUCAACUACUCGUCGGAACGGUUGGCCGACGCCCACGAACUGAUCGGAUCCACCUUCAUCGACGAUCACAACGAAACUCGGGUAGCGAUCCUCCACUGGCGACUGGCCCAUCACAUCCGCUUGCGGGACGCGAACUACAUCCGUAAAAAGCCGGAGAUUCCGCUCCGGUACGCGUACGGCAAUGCGGUCGAAUUCUCCACGAUAGCCGAACUGGACAAUAUUGCCGCCGAUGUGGACGCCAUGCGAAUUCAGAGCUUGCUCAUCUACGAACGGAUACUGGGCAUCGACCACAAGGACACCCUGUUCCGGUUGAUGUUCCGGGGUGCGUCCUACGCGGACUCUUUACGCUUCCAACGAUGUAUCGAUCUGUGGCUGCUGGCGUUGCAGGUUCGGGUACAAAAGUAUUCCAUUCUGUACUCGGACACGUGCCUUACGGCACAGGCGAUAGUCCGACUGAUGCUGGAUUUGCUCGAUAAGUACGCGGAUGUGAUGCCAAAUGGGUUCGUCGAGCAGGGAAUGCCGCGAUUCGAAGAUGUGUACGCCGUGUUCCAAGUGCUGACUUCGAAUAUCAAUGAUGCCCGCCAGUUGCUCAACAUCCGUCCGGUGCAUCGGAAGCAGCAGGAAAACUUCGACAGGAUCCUCAAGUGUCUAACUCAUCUGAUGUAUCUACUGAUCUCGACGACCAAAAGCGAAGAGGACCGGGAAUUGGUCAACGUCUCGGUACAGAAGCUGGUCCGUAACAACAUCCGCAGUGCCAUCACCAACGACACUUUGCUACAUCUGUCCGUGUCGAGGUUGAACGUGAUCAAGAGUGGAUAUUUUACCGACGACAGCAGUUUGAGGGUGAUCUUUCCGAAUCUGAAUGUGGCCAAGUUGCUGUUGGAGUGCGGAGCUCAUGUCAAUGCCAAGAACGAGAGCAAGUCGACGCCUCUGCUGGUGGCAUCCAUGCCGUACAAUUACGAACGGGAGUUAGUUCACACCCUGCUGGAGUACGGUGCGCAUCUGGAUCAACCGAACCGGAACGACGAUCGACCCAUGUCGCUGAUAGCGAUGAACCCCGUCAAUGACAUCCCGCUGGUAAACUACAUCAGUCUGAAGUGUCUCUGCUCGACGGUAAUCACCAAGUUCGGUAUUCCCUACCGCAAUCAGAUCCCAAGAACGCUGGAGGAUUUCGUCCGGUGGCAUGAACCGUAAUGACUAGCUCCACCGCGUGUGUAAUUCGUGAGUUACGCUUUCACAUACCUAUCUAGAAGGGACGGUUUUAUGUUGGGAAAAUUGGCAACACUGAGCGUUUUCUGCGCCAUCUAUGUGUCAACGAUUAAAAAAGGGAGUUGUUGCGUUAAGAUUGAAAGAUAUUCGUUCUGUCAAUUUUCUCAAUAUGAGAUCUCCACCCAAAAACCUGAUCUGUAGCUAUAGUUUGUUGAACCAAUCUACUUUCAUUUCGACUACUCAACAAAUGGUCUCGCCAGAUGCCCUCCGUUCAUAAUAUUUAGCAUAUUUGUGUUUUGCAUUAACGGGCUAUACUAGUUUUUAAGCAGUCGAGAGCACAUACCUGCCUAAUAAUAGUGCAUCUCUUCUUCUCUGUACAUAUUUUUUUACGAAUCCUUCCCAAUUAUAGUUUUACAUGGAGUAGACUUUGAAGAGCAUCACACUUGGUGGCUCUACUAAAUACCCAACUUUUCCAAUGCCACACACUUUACGGUAAACUGAUUCGUCACGUCAAAGUCAUCUCUUACGCUAAUUCUACUGAAAUAGAAGCAUCAAAUAAUAUA